AUGGCCACCGAGAAGCCCCCAACUGAGACACCCGACAACCUCAACGACGCCAGCAUCACCACAAGCGACCAGAAACCAGAACCCACAGACCAAGAAGCGUUUCCCGACGGCGGCCUCAGAGCAUGGCUCGUCGCUGCCGGUUCCGCGGGCGCCUUCUUCUGCACCCUCGGCUACACCAACGUCUUUGGCAUCUUCCAGGCCUACUACAUGUUCAACCAGAUGCCUGAGCGCAGCGCCGACGACAUUGCCUGGAUCGGUUCCGUUCAAGCGUUUCUGAUAUUUGCGACGGGGGCUGUGGGAGGGCCGCUGUUUGAUCGCUUUGGCGCGUGGCUCGUCCGUCCAGCCGCAGUGUUAUACGUCUUCGCCAUCAUGAUGACCAGUAUCUGCACGUCAUACUGGCAAUUCAUGCUCGCCCAGGGAAUCCUCACAGGCCUCGCCAACGGCCUGCUCAUGUUCCCGGCCCUCUCAGCCGUCCCGCAGUGGUUCAACCGCAACCGCGGCGCAGCCAUGGGUCUCGCCAUCGCCGGGUCCUCGCUCGGAGCCGUCAUCUUCCCGAUUGUGCUCUCCAACCUACUCACGAAGACGGAUAUCGGAUUCGGCUGGUCUGUUCGCAUCACCGGCUUCAUCAUGCUGCCCUUCCUCACCUUCGCCGCCCUGAGUAUUCGCUCCCGUCUGCCGCCGCGCCGCACGCGCUUCUUGCUCUGGUCCUCGUUCCGCGAGCCCAUGUACGUGCUUCUCAUCGCGUCCAUGUUCUUCGGCAUGAUCGGAAUGUUCGUGCCGAUGUUCCUGCUGCCGACGUAUGCCAUCACCAAGGGCAUGGACGAGAGUCUGGCGACCUACCUGGUGGCCAUGAUCAAUGGGGCGUCUAUAUUCGGACGAGUCAUCCCAGGUGUGUUGGGCGACAAGUUCGGCCGCAUCAACACGCUCAUCGGUGCGUCUGUAGCUACAUCUAUAAUUAUUUUCUGCUGGCCCGAGGCGGAGACUAACGCAAGCAUCAUUGCGGUCGCCACGCUGUUCGGCUUCACCUCUGGCGCCAUCAUCUCCGGCGGGUCUGUGGCGAUUACGCUGUGCCCCGACGACCCGAAGAACAUUGGCACUUACAUGGGCGUGGGUAUGGCCCUGGCUUCGUUUGCGGCGCUCGUGGGACCACCCGUGAGCGGUGCCAUGAUGGACAGAUAUGGGCGGUUCGAGGAGGUGACGUACUUUGGAGGUGCCAUGACAAUGUUCGGAGGUGUCAUGGCCGCGGUGGCCAAGUCAAAGUCCCCUCAGGGACUGUUUGGCAAGACUUGA